UUCACCGGCGCUGGGUAGGCGCUCUGGUGCUCGCCGAGGACGCUCCUGCCUCGGGUGCACUAGGCUUGCCUUUGGAGCAGCCACACGGAGCCUGCUCCAUCGGCUUGCUUGCCCUUCACCUGCGAUUGCAUAUGAACUUUCCUUACCUCUUCCUGAGACCGUUGUCGUUGGAGUCGUCGAGACGUCGUGGUGCUCGCGUGGUGGUCUUCGUCCGCUUAGAAUAGUGUAGUUAGUUAGGGGCCAUCGAAGAAGAAAGAAGAAGCGAUUAGCGCAGAGAUGCUGGAGGCGAUCAGUUACUAUGCCAGAAUAAGAUAGGAGCAAGAAGAGCCAAACCUACCCGGGCAGCACCGUCGCCCUGAGGAGGUUGACUCGCCGGCGCUUCCCAUCGCGCCGAGCUCCCUCCGUCCCUUUGCCGAGGCGCGGGAUUGCGGCGCGCAGCGCAGGGCUGCCGCGGGCUCCGCUGGGCGAUUGCAGCCGAGCCCGUUUCUCGUCUAGCUGCCGCCGCGGCGACCGCUGCCUGGUCUUCCUCCCGGACGCUUGUGGGUUAUCAACCAGUCAAUAUCCACGAGCAUCUAUAGGCCAACCAUCACCAUCCUUCAAAAAUAAUUAAAGGACGGUAUUAUGAACCCAAUCUAAACUUCCUUUCCUCAGUUUUAAACUUUGGUUGCUUAACACUGAAGCAAUCAUGGUGAACUUAAGGAAAGCAGUGCACUCGUUCCUUGUGCACCUAAUCGGCCUAUUGGUUUGGCAAUGCGAUAUUUCUGUGAGCCCAGUUGCAGCCAUAGUAACUGACAUUUUUAAUGCCUCCGAUGAUGGACGCGUCGGAGUUCCAGGCGGGGUACAAAACUGGCCAGCACUUGCAAUCGUCAUAAUAAUAAUAUUGACGAUAGGUGGCAACAUUCUCGUCAUCAUGGCAGUACGCUUUGAAAAGAAGUUGCACAAUGCCACCAAUUACUUCUUAAUGUCCCUAGCCAUUGCUGAUAUGCUAGUGGGACUACUUGUCAUGCCAACUUCCCUGCUGGCAAUCCUUUAUGAUUAUGUCUGGCCACUCCCUAGACCUUUGUGCCCCGUCUGGAUCUCCCUAGAUGUUUUAUUUUCGACAGCGUCCAUCAUGCACCUCUGCGCUAUAUCGCUGGAUCGGUAUGUAGCAAUACGUAAUCCUAUUGAGCAUAGCCGUUUCAAUUCGCGGACUAAGGCCAUCAUGAAGAUUGCUAUCGUUUGGGCAAUAUCUAUAGGUGUGUCAGUACCGAUUCCAGUGCUUGGACUGAGGGAUGAAAGCAAGGUGUUUGCUCGCAAUACCACCUGUGCGCUGACUGACCCGAAUUUCGUUCUUAUUGGGUCCUUCGUAGCGUUCUUCAUACCACUGACGAUUAUGGUGUUCACCUACUUGCUGACGAUUUAUGUUCUUCGAAGACAAGCUCUGAUGUUACUGCGCGGCCACACCGAGGAACUGCCCAAGAUCAGCCUGGAUUUCUUGAAGUGCUGCAAGAAGAAUGCCACCGAGGAAGACAACGCUGCUAACCCUAAUCAAGACGUCAGACCUCGCCUAAGAAAGAAAGAAAAACGUCCCAGGGGCACCAUGCAAGCUAUUAACAAUGAACGGAAAGCAUCGAAAGUCCUUGGCAUUGUUUUCUUUGUGUUUCUGGUCAUGUGGUGCCCGUUUUUUAUUACUAAUAUUCUGUCGGUUCUUUGUGAGAAGGCCUGUAAUCAACAGCUCAUGGAAAAGCUUCUGAAUGUGUUUGUUUGGAUCGGCUAUGUUUGUUCAGGAAUCAAUCCUCUGGUGUACACUCUUUUCAACAAAGUUUACCGACGGGCUUUCGCCAACUAUCUGCGCUGCAAUUAUAAGCCAGAAAAAAAGCCUCCGGUCAGGCAAAUUCAGCGAAUUGCUGCUACUGCUUUGUCUGGGAGGGAGCUCAAUGUUAACAUUUACCGGCCUACCAACGAACGCGUGAUAAAGAAAGCUGAUGACAAUGAACCAGGGAUAGAGAUGCAAGUUGAGAAUUUGGAGCUCCCAGAAAACCCCUCCAAUGUGGUUAGUGAAAGGAUCAGUAGUGUGUAAGAAAGCGCAACACAGUCUUUUCCUACAGUAAUGCUGGUAAUGUAGGAAAAUAUUCUUCUAUGAUCUCCCGCUGGUUCUAACUAAUGUAAAUACUGCUGUCUGAAAAAAAAAGUGUUUUUUAUAUAUAGCUUUGCAAUCCUGUAUUUUGCAAUCAUGUGUACAAUAGUGAGAUUUAGGGUUCUAUAUUUACUGUUUAUAAUAGAUGGAGAAUAACUUAUUUUGAUUCUUUGAUGCAUAAAAUGUUGAUUGUUUUCUUUCCCUUCCUUCCUUCCUUCCUCCCUGCCUCCUUCUCUCUCUCUCUCUCUCUCUCUCUCUCUCUCUCUCUCUCUCUCUUCUCUCCUCUCUCUCUCUCUCUCUCUCUCUCUCUCCUCCUUUUGUGAAUAAGGAAAUGUUCAUCUCAGGUGGCAUUUGCAGGAGACCAGAAUGAUGCAUAUGACAGUGGUUGUAUUUCAGCCACACCAAAAUUAAAAAUUCGGUGGAAUCUUUUUCCAGGUUAACAGUAAAUAUAUACUUUAAAUACUUGCUGUGCUGUGCUCAUCCAUCUACACACAUAAACACAGUAAGAUAGGUUCUGCCUUCCUAUACUCUGUCAUAUCGUUAGUGAGGCAAAGGUAGAACGUAGCCUUUUUGUCACAUAUGGGGCAAAAUUUGACAUUGUCAGAGUGUUGUGUUGAUAUUGUACUGCAAUGUCUGUCCCCAAACAUAGUGGUAUUUUAACAUAAGCAGCUGGUUAACCGGGACUACAGAAGUGGAAGGAUAAUACGAGAUACAUCCACGAAUAGCUUUUCACUUCUUAAGGACAAUGUUCAAAUUCUGAUUAUAAUAACAAACAAAUUGAAAUCAAUGUUUUCAUUCUGGUCCUUAGUAAAUACCUAAUUACGUAACAAAACUGGGAAAUGAGGUCCCAGGUUUAUUUCCCAAUCCAGAAUUCAACAUCAAUUGGAUUUUGAUCUCAGGAUCCUGGAAAUUCGUGUGCUACACACAAAGUGAAAUUAGCAUUUUGAGCCUUAUUAAAAUAUUUUUUUAAUUAUGGUACCUCUGUCUAUAGGGCCCAAUUUUGUAGUCCGUUUUUGAGUAAAACUUGCGUUGGAAGCAUAGAUGAUCAAAACCUUGGGAGCUUUACUUGAUUAAGGACUACAGAAUGAGGCCCUUAGAAUGUGAAAAAAGUAAUUAAAAAGAAGCUUUUACUGAACUCUAGGAGUAAGAGAAAUACAGAGUUUCCAUUUGGAUUUUAAACAAAAUUUAUCUCAUUUUCAGAUCCUUCCAAACUCUAGUGCAGGAAAAGGCUGCAGCUAAUUUGUGAAAGUGGCAAGCUCUUCAUUGUACUGCAAUUAUGUACCAGAAGUUUAAACCUCUGCAGCUAAUUUGUGAAAGUGGCAAGCUCUUCUUUGUACUGCAGUUAUGUACCAGAAGUCUAAACCUUUGUUCAAAUAUAGUGUUGUGUUACAAUCAGUGUUGGCCAUCGUUUCAUUCGUGGGCCUGCUGCUCUCUAAGAAUUCAGUACCCCUUUACUAGCUUGUAAACCAUGAAAGGUUUUCAGGCAUUGCUACAGUCAGACCAUUAAAUCUAUGCUGUGUGCAGAAUAUACAAUGUGUCCAGUAACUGUAUUUCCAUGUGUGUCCAUCUCACACAACUGUGGAACAAUUUCUGAAGAAUUCAUGAUGCUAUUUCUUAUACCUGACAGUUACUUACCUUAAGGUGUGCCUCUCAGUAUCCUGAAAUUGGUGAAGGCAGAAUCUGAAUUUCUAAGACCCCUGAUCUGUGUCCUCAACACACAGCAUAGAAAAAUCCAACAGUCUGCCACAGGGGCAGUGGGAGAGCUGCUGUACUUGAGGAAACUCAUACAGUCUCUACUUGAUUCACAAUACUGCCAAAUGUCAGUCAAUUCCUUGAGCAUGCCCAAAUCUAACCUGGAAGUAAAGCCUACCUGCCUGUUAGCUCUGUCGAACUGCAUGUUAAAACAAUUAUAUGAAAUUGAAUGAGAUGAUCUAAUUCUUACUGAAAUUAAAUGUCUGAAGAAACAGCAUGCAUCGCACAUGAGUUGUGCACAUACAGAGGGUGUCCUGCAUGUAUGCCAUGUAUGUUGCAUGAAUCCAUCAAUUUGUAUUAAUGUAGGGCAGAGUAGGUGAUAUCAAAGGACUGAGGAAAACCUGUCAGCAGUCCUUAUAAAGACCACACAUUCAGAUCUGAAGUAUUUUGAGUAUUGGAGAAAAUUGGAAACAUCUGAUUUCUUAACUAUCAGGGCAAGCUCAUAGCACAUGUUUUACACAGAAAUAAAAUAUAAACCACAAUGUUCAAAAGCACUGGCAAUAAGUGGAAUGAUAAUAGCUUAUAGCACAUUUGUUAAUAAUUCUUAUGUCAUCAAGUAGUAGUACUUAAUAGUACCCAACACAGCAAUUAUUCUCAAAUUGUGUGCUAUUCGUAAGUUCUGUGCAGUUUGGUAUGAAACAAAUAUACUUAUUUGGAUAUAAAUCUUACAGUUCAAGGUUAAAUCUACAAACUUUUAUAAGUGUUUUAAAAAGUCCAUGUGAUAACUGUGAACGUGGUGAAUUUACUGUCAAACAAAUCAUUUUGAUGAACUAUUAUAUAUGUAUAUCUGUUAAGAAACAUGCAACAGACUGCCUUUAUUAUUUCCUGUGAAACUUCUCCAUCAUAUGGUACUUGUUGUGAGUGGUGGCAAAGUGUUGUUUUAUUCUUGGUUCCUGCAUUUCCCUGCUCCAGGUGUUUGUGAUACUUCCCAUUAAUUUAUUAAAUUUAUUAAACGUUG